AUGAAGCCAAUACCCAUUGUUAUAGACCACCCAAAAAGACAUCUUCACCUUCUCACCUUUUUCCCUAGACAAAAUUUGUUACCGUGCGAUGUUUGUGGCCUUAUCAAAGUACAUUAUCCCACGUAUGUUUGUACUCGGUGUGUCUUUGUAGUCCAUCAAGAUUGUGUCUAUCACCCUUAUGUCAUCAGAAUCUCUCGUCACCACCACCGUAUCUCCUUCACCUCCUCUCUUCCUUCCGGAAAAUGGUUUUGCGGAGUGUGUCGUCGAAAGGUCGAUAACAGUUAUGACGCAUACUCUUGCAAUAAGUGUGAUGGUUAUUUUGUUCAUACAAAAUGCUCAUUGAGAAAAGACUUAUGGGAUGGGGAAGAACUCGAGGGGAUACCUGAAGAACCUCUUGAGAUAGUUGUUGAGCCAUUCCAGAGAAUAAGUGAUGGAAUAAUCCUCCAUUUUGCUCAUGAUCAUCAUCUGAAACUCGAGAUCUAUGGAGUUUACGAUGAAGGAAAAUUUUGUCAAGCAUGCAGCCUUCCAAUCUACGAAGGUAACUAUUAUUCGUGUAUGGAUCAAUGCGACUUCAUCCUCCACGAAGCGUGUGCCAUUGCGCCUUGCAAGAAACAACAUCCAAUGCAUGCUUACUCACUUACACUAAAGGUUGGCCAUUUUAAAUAUUUGGGUGGUCAAGGUUAA